AUGGAGACUGGCAGCAGCGUAUACAGGGUCGGGAGCCUGAGACAGAACAGCUGGAGCGAAGCCGAGGACGUCUUCUCCAGGUCGUUCAGGGAGGAGGACGACGAAGAGGCGCUGAAAUGGGCGGCCCUGGAGAAGCUCCCCACUUACAGCUGCAUAAGGAAGGGCAUCCUCGUCGGCGCCGAAGGCGAGCACAGGGGGAUCGAGAUCAAGGACCUCGGGAACCAGGAGAGGAAGACCCUGCUCGAGAGGCUGGUCAGGAUUGCCGACGAGGACAACGAAAGGUUCCUGUUGAAGCUCAGAAAUCGCAUUGAUCGGUAAGUAAUGUAUAAACCCUCGUCCUCUCUUGUGACAGUUUCUGAUUCCGGUCGUCGCCUAGAAUCAUCUCCCCUGGAAACUUUUUUGCGGAAGACCGAGCUUGUUUUUUUUCCCCUGGUUCGUAUCAGGGUGGGUAUCGAUCUUCCGACGAUCGAAGUGCGUUUCGAGGACCUCAACAUCACAGCGGAGGCUCACGUGGGGGGGAGAGCGCUGCCUACCGUCUUCAACUCCGUCAUGAACAUCCUAGAAGUAGAGCUUUUCUCGAAGGAUUCAACAAUGGCGCUGUGGUUUCCCCCCUGCGGGCCUGAUUCGAACGCUAGAGUUUUUGCAGGUGGCGGCGGCCGGGCUCCGCAUCCUGUCCAGCAGGAAGAGGCCGAUCUCCAUCCUUCACAAUCUCAGGGGCAUCAUCAAACCUUGCAGGUGUGGAAAAUGAGAAUGAUCGAGCUCCCUCGCUCCCAAAGCCUAUGGCUUUCACAAUUUCCCCUAAGCUCAGUCUUUACUGUUCUUCAGGAUGACUCUGCUUUUGGGUCCCCCGGGCUCUGGGAAGACAUCAUUUUUGCUGGCUCUCGCUGGGAAGCGGGGCUCAGACGUCAAGGUCCCUUCUUGCUCUCGUUCUUCUACGUCUUCAUGAUUCUCUUCCACCGAUUUGUCGGCUGAGUUGCGAGCUCUGCGUUUUUUGGGGAGAGAAGGUUUCUGGGAAAAUAACGUACAAUGGGCAUGGACUGGACGAGUUCGUCCCGGAAAGAACAUCCGCCUACGUCAGUCAGUAUGAUAUCCACAUCGGGGAGAUGACUGUUCGGGAAACGCUCGACUUCUCUGCCAGAUGUCAGGGCGUAGGAACGCCCUACGGUGAGCUCUGUUCCACCUGGUUUCUACCUGAAACUGCCUCGUAUACUACGAAUUACAUAAUUUCCUACUGUGAUCGCAGAGAUACUGUCGGAGUUGUCGAGGAGAGAGAAGGCCGCCAACAUCAAGCCAGAUCCCGACAUCGACGUCUUCACGAAGGUAAGAACUCUUCGUUAAGACUGCCCUCUCUCUCUCAAAUUCGCUUGUGGGACUGACGGCUUACUUCCCCAAAACAGGCGAUUGCAAUGGAAGGCCAACAAGCCAGCGUAGUGACAGACUACAUCCUCAAGGCAGGUCUCCGAUUACCUUUGCAACUUUCUCAGUUCCAUCGUUGACUCCUGGCUUCUUAUUCAAUACGAAGCUUCCUCCUGCAGAUCCUAGGGUUGGACAUCUGUGCUGACACCAUGGUAGGUGAUGAGAUGGUGAGGGGUAUCUCCGGGGGCCAAAGGAAGCGCGUCACCACAGGUAGAGAGCGAGCGAGCGAGAGAGAGAGAUAGUUCUGAAGACCCUUCUUCCAUUCUUUUUCUCCCUAUUAAAGAAGCCUCCGCUGAACCAUCGCAGGGGAGAUGAUGGUUGGACCCGCGAGAGCUCUGUUCAUGGACGAGAUAUCAACCGGUCUGGAUAGCUCGACCACCUUCCAGAUCGUAAAGGCUCUGAGGCAGUCAAUCCACAUCCUCGGGGGAACUGCCCUCAUCUCGCUGCUCCAGCCGGCGCCGGAGACGUACGACCUCUUCGACGACAUCAUCCUCCUCUCCGAUGGGCAGAUCGUCUACCAAGGCCCCCGCGAGGAUGUCCUCGAGUUCUUCGAGUUCAUGGGCUUCAAGUGCCCUGAGAGGAAGGGCAUCGCCGACUUCCUUCAAGAGGUCAGCGUCUCCCCUGUUUCCGUGAAAACUUUUCGAUGAUCUUCUCGGAAGGCAAAGUUCGAAAUUUUAUCUUGAAAAUCUUCUCCAGGUGACGUCGAGAAAGGACCAAGGGCAGUACUGGGCCCGCCACGGGGAGCCUUACCGAUUCGUGCCGGUGAACGACUUCACCGAUUCCUUUAAGGCCUUCCAUGUGGGGAAGGAUGUGACGAAGGAGCUCGCGGUGCCGUUCGACAGGACCAAGAGCCACCCUGCGGCUCUGACCACGUCCAAAUACGGCGUCAGCAAGAAGGAGCUACUGAAGGCUUGCAUCGAGAGAGAGCUGCUUCUCAUGAAGCGGAAUUCCUUCGUCUACGUUUUCAGGUCCUUCCAGGUACUGGUUCUCCUCCCUUCCCCUUCCUGGUCCUCGUCUGGCUCUCUGAUCCUGUCUCCUAAUUAACUCAGAUUCUCCUACUGAGCUUCCUCACCACGACGGUUUUCCUGAGGACGAAGAUGCCUCGGGACUCGGUGGCUGAUGGAAACAUCUUCAUGGGAGCACUCUUCUUCUCCGUCAUCAUCGUUAUGUUCAAUGGGUUAGCGGAGCUCGCCAUGACCGUAGCCAAGCUCCCAGUUUUCUACAAGCAGAGGGACCUUCUGUUCUACCCCGCAUGGGCCUACGCCCUGCCGUCGUGGGUGUUGAAGAUCCCCAUAACCUUCGUCGAAGUUGCAGUCUGGGUGUUCGUGACCUACUACGCCAUCGGUUUCGAUCCGAGAGCAGCAAGGUGAAGGCCCCCAUGGAUUUUGAACAUCAGGACCUUUGAUCCCCGACCGUAUCGGCCUUGACCUGGGAAUUCCUCUUUAUUCAGAUUAUUCAAGCAAUACCUUCUGCUUCUUCUGACGAGCCAGAUGGCGAAUGGUCUUUUCCGGCUGGUGGCUGCGCUGGGCGGAAACAUGGUGAUCGCAAACACGUUUGGAUCUUUCGCCGUGCUCGUCGUGAUGGUGCUGGGUGGGUUCGUUCUCGCUCGAGGUAGGAUCCGACGAACAGGCUAGAUGAACCGUUUCGUCCGGAACUCCUCCACACAGAUAGGUGAUGACCCGUUCUCUUUCCUCGUACAGAUAAUGUGAAGAAAUGGUGGAAAUGGGGGAUGUGGGUCUCUCCUAUGAUGUACGCGCAGUACGGGGUCUUCAUCAAUGAAUUCCUCGGCAAAAGCUGGAGCAAGGUGAGCGGUACGAGAGCUGCCAGGAUAGCGCCUAAUUUUAUGAGAUUGAUUGACCUUCAAACUACGUUAGAUUAAGUUUAGCUCUACUCACUGCCAAUUGAUUUAAGAGUUCGUCAUCGGAUGACCCGAUCUUCAAAUUGAGCCUAUUACGGAUAUAAUAUUAGAUUUAUUUUCAAUCAAUGAUCGCGGGGUUAUUCUUGUGGUGUUUGAUACAGCCAUCUGGCGCGCAUCUCCCUUCUGAAGUUCACGUGACGCUAUUUUGUAGAAUAUUUUCGGAUCAAAUCGAAUCUUUGGAGUUUUUAACUGAAACAUAUACUACUUGCACCUGAGUUUGACUUUGAUGACCAGAAUAUUUUCCUCUGGUCUAGCCUUUAGUCAAGGGGAGCUAAUGCCCGUGCUUGACAUGAUAUGGACUCCACAGAUUCUCCCGGGAACCACAGAGCCUCUAGGAAUCUUAGUCUUGAGGUCCCGCAGCGUCUUCACUGAAGCAAAAUGGUAUUGGAUUGGAGUGGGAGCACUCGCUGGAUACAUGCUUUUGUUCAACGUCUUUAUCACUCUAGCUCUCCAGUACCUCAACCGUGGGUUCCCUCCUCCGUUCAUAAGCUCAACUAGCCAGCUCGUCCAAAUACAUUAAAUCUUUUCGUUAAUGCGCAGAAUCCCUGCUCAUGUUUCUCUGCGUCUGAUUCUUGCAGCACUCGAAAAGGGUCAGGCGGCCGUAUCUGAAGAGUCACUGAAUGAGAAGCACGAGAACUUGACUGUGCAAUCGCUUGAGCUAUCGUCCAGAGGAGAGCGAUUCCGUGGUAACCAACCAUUCGUCCGAUGCCCCGUGUAGAAGGUUUAUUUUUCCGCCAUCUGUUGUCACCUCUAAUCGAGCUUUGAGAUUUGUCUGCGGACAGGGAAGAGUGAUGAUAAGGCAUCUGUUCCCAAGGGAGCCGGAGGCUUAAAUCCGGACAGGAAAGGGAUGGUUCUUCCUUUUGUCCCCCUUUCCAUGGAGUUUGAGGACAUCAGAUAUUCGGUCGACAUGCCAGCGGUAAGCAUCGUUCUAUUUAGAAGCACGUUCAUUGACAAGUUAUGUAAGAAUAUUCUCACGAGUGAAGAGAGAGAUGAAACCUUUUGAUUGAUGUUCCUCGCAGGAAAUGAAAACGGAAGGUGUUGUAGCCGACAGAUUGGAGCUUCUGAAGGGCGUGAGCGGAUCCUUCCGACCAGGAGUUCUCACAGCUCUAAUGGGAGUCAGCGGCGCCGGAAAGACGACGCUGAUGGACGUACUGUCUGGGAGAAAGACGGGAGGACAUAUCGAAGGGAGCAUAACCAUAUCCGGGUACCCCAAGAAGCAGGAGACGUUCGCUCGCAUAUCUGGUUACUGUGAGCAGAACGAUAUCCACUCGCCACACGUCACCGUCGGCGAGUCGCUCCUGUACUCUGCCUGGCUGCGUCUACCGGCCGAGGUCGACUCCAACACGAGGAAGGUACAAGGAUACGUUGGAGAUAUGUAUCUUCGUGUUUGUAUUGUGGAAUCGUGGUGAUAAACCUCGCUCCUGCAACUAUCGGGUGGGUGGGCAGAUGUUCUGCGAGGAGAUCAUGGAGCUCGUGGAGCUGACACAGUUGAGGGAAGCGCACGUUGGGCUGCCCGGCGUCAGUGGCCUCUCGACGGAGCAGAGGAAGAGGCUGACUAUCGCCGUCGAGCUCGUCUCCAACCCGUCCAUAAUUUUCAUGGACGAGCCCACCUCUGGUCUUGAUGCUAGGGCGGCCGCCAUCGUCAUGAGAACGGUGAGGAAUACCGUUGAUACAGGAAGGACAGUCGUGUGCACCAUUCAUCAGCCCAGCAUAGACAUAUUCGAAGCUUUCGACGAGGUAACGAGACUUUCUUCAGCAUUCUUCCGACAUUUCUCACGGAUUCUCUCUCUAGACUUCAUGCUCUCAGUUUGCCUGCAGCUCUUCCUGAUGAAGCGGGGAGGAGAAGAGAUAUACAUUGGUCCGCUGGGACGCCAAUCUUGCGAGCUGAUCAAGUACUUUGAGGUGACAUUUCGGCGAUAACAGCUUCCGUUUCCCCUCUCUUUUGGGUAAUGCGGCUUCUUUGAAAAACGGUAUUAUUGACGAUAUGACUGUGAAUCAUUGUUCGUAGGGUAUCCAUGGAAUUAUCAAGAUCAAAGACGGUUACAACCCCGCGACAUGGAUGUUGGAGAUGACGACUCUGGGACAAGAAGACGUUCUUGGUGUCAGUUUCAGCGAGUUAUAUAAGAACUCGGAGCUUUACCAGUGAGUAGAUGAUAUAUCUCCCGUUUCCUGUUCCGAUCGAAUCGUAAGAUAACUCGGGAUUAAAACAUACGUGAUCCUACUCCGCUCAUCUUUGGCUUGAGUGGACGACCUAAUUCUGCGGCAUUAUAACCUGUUGAUGCCAAUGGCAGGAGGAACAAGAGUCUAAUAAGGGAGCUGAGCGUGCCUGCUCCCGGUUCGAGCGACCUUGACUUCCCCACACAGUAUUCACGGACCUUCUUCACGCAGUGCAUGGCUUGCCUGUGGAAGCAGCAUCUGUCGUACUGGCGGAAUCCUUCUUACACUGCCAUGAGGCUUUUCUUCACGACCGUCAUCGCCUUGUUGUUCGGCACAAUCUUCUGGGGAUUGGGAUCCCGAAGGUAACCUAAUCUAACCUAACCUAACCUAACGUAACUUAACCUAACCUAACCAGCUUACACGGUUUGAUAUGUGCGCAUAUGCCAUUAGAUUUUUUGAGAGACAUAAAAGUCCAAAUCAGUCGGAAGUCAGACUUAUAUCGAUCGAUCUUAAAUUUUACAGCCCAAUUCCUUGCAUGGCUGUACUCGAUUCUUUCGAUGUAAUUAAUCUUCCGGUGUGCUUCUGUUUUUCUAGCAUGAUUCAAAUCUUGGAAAUGUUUGGUUUCAGGGAGAAGAAACAGGAUCUGUUUAACGCCUUGGGUUCCAUGUACUGCGCUGUCCUGUUCAUAGGGAUACAAAACGCGCAGACAGUUCAGCCAGUGGUCAGCGUCGAAAGAACAGUAUUCUACCGGGAGAUAGCUGCCGGGAUGUACUCGGCUUUACCGUACGCGUUUGGCCAGGUGAAUUAUGAGCUAAGAAAAACCUUUCGAGAUCCUCCUCCUCGCCAGUGUGGAGCCCUUCUUUGCUCACCACGCUCCAUCGGGUAUCUCGCAGGUGGUGAUCGAGCUGCCAUACAUCCUACUUCAGGCCGUGGUGUACGGGCUCAUCGUCUAUGCAAUGAUCGGGUUCGAGUGGACGGCGGCCAAGUUCUGCUGGUACAUCUUCUUCAUGUACUUCACCUUCCUCUACUUCACCUUAUCCGGGAUGAUGGCCGUGGGGAUGACCCCCAACCACAACGUCGCUGCCAUCGUCUCCGGCGCCUUCUACGGCAUAUGGAACCUCUUUUCCGGCUUCUUGAUCCCCCGACCGGUGAGCACCUCCUGUCCUCCAUGGCCUCUCUCCGUGCGGGACCCUUCUGCUCACGCCUCUCUCUGUCUCUCUCGUUCGCAGAGGAUUCCCAUCUGGUGGAGAUGGUACAGUUGGGCUUGCCCCAUGGCGUGGACUCUCUAUGGCCUGAUCGCCUCGCAGUUCGGGGACAUUUCGGCGAUCGUCGAGGAUGAGCCAGUGGACGUGUUCCUAAAGAACUACUUUGGCUUUGAACACGACUUCUUGUGGGCGGUGGCGACGGCGGUUGUCGCCUUCAGCGUGCUUUUCGCGUCCAUCUUCGCCUUCAGCAUAAAGACCUUAAAUUUCCAGAAGAGGUAG